AUGUAUGCAGCACGCACACCACCACCGCUCAUCUUCCUUCACCGACCUUUUACGUUGGAUCGGAAACGCGUGCCUCGAGGCGCAAAUGUCUUGAGCUCCCAUGUUGGCUUUGACGAAGUCUUGACAACUGGCUGGAAUGAGGCCUUGGCCGAGCGACUAGGCUUAUAUACAGGCGAGGACGCCGUAUGCAUACAGGGGUACAAAGGCGAUCCAGACCGCCGUAUAGGCCUCGUCGCUACAUUCCGUACACCUACAAAUCUUGGUCAAGUCUCUGAUCGUAUCAAACGCGAAUUUGGGCAAUGGGACGCUGUCUACGGUGCCGAUGUCGAAAGCGAGGCCGAAAUGGCACAACCCGUCACAGUCGUUGCCAUUAUGAAUGCCUUCCACCCCGAAGAAGUGCAACGAGUCUCAGAAGCCGCGCUCUCUAAAGGCUGGAUCUCUGAUAUCAAUCAAGGGGAUAGCAUAGUCUAUCUCACCGGCCAAGCAAGAGAGCCAGGACUUCUUGCGGCACAAGAAAAGAAAAUGAAGGUUUUCUGUGUUGGUCAUCGCAGCUGUGAGGAGUGGGGUAUCAGGUUUAUUGCUUCUGAGCUCAGAAGAGAGUUUCCUAUGGUUGAUGUUUGCGAAGUGUAUGAGGAUGAAGAACCAAGAGAGCCGAGGAAACCAAAGCCUGAUCUGAAGAGGAGUGUGCCUUCCUCGUCGGCAAACUUGCCAGAACAGAAACGUAGACAGUAA